CUCCUAUUUAUGAUUCUCAAUUGCCCUUACUGAAAAUCACAAGAGUGAUAGAGUUGUAGGCUUAUUUUACAGAUAUUUUUUUAAAAUACAUUUAAAAGUAAGUACCAACAACAAUUGAUAUACACGUAUCAACUACUACACAUACAGAUAUAAUACGUAUCCAUAAAGUAAUCGGUGCAACAAAACGUGGCACUCUAUAUUACUCCACUCAGCCAGUAGCAUUGGCAGGAAGGUGAGGUGAGCCAUCUAUUUCAUCAAUCAUGACAUGCUUGUCUAGUUGCAUAACAAUCACACACUUUAUGUUCUUAUCUGCUUACACUAUUAUACCAUCAGCCUAACCAAUCACUUUACACUCCCAUGUUCUUUUUUUCUGUAUCAGUGUAUAUCCAUUUAGCAUAUUGCUGAAUUUUGUAACCAUAUAUACAUUAGAGAAUUACACAUAUGAUAGAAAAUUGAAGGUUCAAUAGAUGGCUUUCUAUGGCUACAAUGAUGAUGAUGCUGGUGAGUACCAUUGGACUCCUAAUUAUAAUGUCUCUUAUGAUUAUGAUGCUUUUCCAAUGUCAUAUCCUUCCUAUGGGCAAAGUACUAAUUACAAUUACUACUAUACUGCUCAAAUACAUCCAGAAUUCAGUUACUCUGAACACAACUCUGUUGAGCCAAAACUUAUCCAAUAUGAAAAGGGGGCUGAUUCAUUGGAGACAAGAACUGUAAUUUCUUGUUAUACCAAAGAACUGGAUGAUACUCAGUUUGAUGAAUAUGAUCCAACCCCUUAUGAUGGUGGUUUUGAUAUGGCUCAAACCUAUGGAAAACCCCUUCCUCCCUCAAAUGAAAUAUGUUAUCCUCGUUCGACUCCCAAGUCUAAUGGACUUCCAUUAGAUGGUUUCGACUAUGGAUCAAAUAAUUUGCCCUAUGUAAAUCACACCAAUCAAAAGAAAGAGAAUGGUGUUAAAGAUGAGCAAAAAUCUUCAUCUGGUGUGAAAGAAAAAACCAGUUUUGGAAAACCUGGUCAACAAGAUCAAGAUUUUGUAAUCGAUAAUGGGAAAACAGGGGAAAAACCCAUUCUUGAAAAACCAGUAGAACCCCUUCAGCAAGAUCAAGAUGUUGUUGUUGAUAAUGGGAGUAUAGGGGAAUAUGGAUAUGAUUAUGGGAGGCAAUUGCAACAAAUUCCAUAUGGUUCAGGUUUGGAAUCCAUGGAUUUAUGUGAGAGCUUAUUUGGUUACUGGCCUUGCAUAGCUAAGGAAACUCAGAGAAGAAAUUGUAACUGUGCAAAUGUUGUUGAAGAUAACAGCAGCAGCUACAAUGAACAAUGGAAAUGUACUGCAGAUUAUCUGUUUGGGAAUCCUUAUGGAUAUGGUGGUGAUGGAGGAGAUUGGAAUUGUCUUUAUAGCAAUCAAAGUUACUAUAAUCAUCAGCAACAACUUUAAUUUAAUGAAGGAUUGGUAAAGAAAUACCUUAAUGCUUCAAACAAUAAAAUGAUUUUUAAAAUAUAAAUCUUAUCAUAGUUAGCUGUGUAGCUUUUACUUUUUUUCCUUUUAGUCCUUAUCAUUAUUUGCAAAUUUUGUGUAAUUACACUUUUCAUCCCUCAAUUAUUAGUAACUUGCAAUUAUGGUGCUUGAUAUA